AUGAGAAAGAGGCAGGAUACUACCGUUUCUUCGCAGAAAAACCUCACCGGUUCCGCUUUGGAAUGGUUCGCGGGCCUAGAGGAAAAUUCGAUAGAUAAUUUCACGCAACUCGUCUCGGUUUUCCUCAAGCAAUAUUCGGUUUUCAUUGAAACAAGAACAACCAAAGCCGACCUUUGGAACCUCAAACAAGCUCCCUUCGAACCACUAAGGGCAUACAUAAGCAAGUUUAGAGACAUCAAGGCCAAGAUUGCGAACCUAAACGAUGCAGUAGCCCUCGCAGCCCUAAAGAAUGAUGUAUGGUUCUCCUCUAUAUUUAGGGAGGAGAUGACGGUUAGGGCUCCAAACUCACUAGACGACGCCUUGCACCGAGCCACCUUCCUCGCAACCUACAAAGAAGACGUAGCCGCACUGAAAGAACAGUUCAUGGCCACUAAAAACAACGCCAAUAAGAAGCCGCAAGCAGCUAAGGAGCAAACCACCCGCGGGCAGCAUUCCGAACCGAAGAUCGCACAAAGAAACCAGCCCAUUGGACCCGAGCUGGUCCAGAAAUUCAAGGAAUUCCACGAACAGCUGGAAGCACCGAUAGCUCGCAAAACCAAAAAGAAGAACAAAGACAGCGCACGCCCAUGCAAGCCCACACUGUCUGGGUGGCAAGGACAAUACCAACCAGUAUCAAUCAGGAAGCAAUACCUCCCCGCGAAAUAUCAGGAAAAACGCCGCAUCGACUUUAUCUACGGAGGAUCAAAAUUCUGCAACUCCGUGAACUCCAUUAAAGCACACCAACGCAGAGCCGAGAAAACCAACGGAAUCCGACAACCCUUGUCAGGCCCCGACCACGAAAUCACGUUCGACGAAAAUGAAACCGCAAACGUCGAUCAGCCUCACGACGAUGCUCUCGUUAUACGACUCGACGUCGGUGGAUGCAAACUAUCUCGAAUCAUGAUCGACACCGGCAGUUCGGCCGACGUCCUUUUCUACGACGCCUUCAAAAGGAUGGGAUUCACCAAAACCCUCCUCAAGCAAGAAUGA